AAGAUAACUAUUUUUGUGAUUAAAACAAAGUCAUUAAAUAAGUUUGUUGUUUGAGAUCGACUACUCAAUUCUAGAUACCCUUUGUCAGAAGGCAGGACGCGCUGUGUUGGAGUGUGUUCCUUUAUUUAAAGCCCCACACACCUCGCCUAUUGACACACGGAAAUUCGGUGUGUAAUUGCUUCCUGCAUCACGGUGCUCGAGUGACAGAAAAUAACACUUGGCUCGUAGGCGCUCACGUUGAACGGGGUUGUCCGGGGCGACUGUUUGAAGAGCGGGUCACCGAGCCAGGCGGGGCAGAGUGACCGGGAGAAGCGCUAACAAGUGCGGGAGGAGAAGUGCGGUCGACUCUUCCCUUGGGCUCCGCCUCGGCGAGAUAAAGGGGGCUCGUCCGGGGACAUUCCCCCCACACCUGUGAUGUUUACUCGUGGCCAACUCGCUUUGUCGAGGAGGGAGAAGGACGAAUAAAACCAGCAAUCUACUGCUUGUCAUUCCUGCAACAUUCAACUUUAACUUUUUUCCCCACCCCGCGAUCAAAUUAAGCAGCGUUUAUUUAUUUUUUUGGGGGAGGGUCUUUGUUUCUGGUAUUUCUUUUAUUUUGUUUCCACUUUCAAGUGGCCUCUUGUAUCUCUGACAGUCAGAACAGUCCCAGACCUAGUUCCAGUUCCCGCAGCGCGUACCUUCCCCACGCCGGGCUGACAGGGGUGCAAGGAUGGUGCUUUUCAGCGGCUCCCUGAAGGUGAAGAUCGGAGAGGCUGUGGACCUGAAACCCACCCGCUGCGCUCUCCGGCACUCGAUAUCCAGCAAGAAUUACCAGUUGUUGGAUCCGUAUGUCUUGGUGAAAGUUGACAAUCGGAGGGUCGGGCAGACGGUCACCAAGCAGAAAACCAGCCGGCCCACGUUCAACGAGGACUUCAGCACUCGGAUAUGGAGAAGCAGCGAGAUCGAACUGACCGUCUUCCACGACACCCCUAUCGGAUACGACGACUUCGUGGCCAACUGCACCUUACAGUUCGAGGAGUUACUGAAAAAUGGCACGAAAACCUUCGAGGGCUGGGUUGAUUUGGAGCCUGAGGGCAAAAUUUAUAUUGUGAUAGACAUGAAGGAAGUGACUUGUGAAGAGCCUGAAGAACAAGUGAAGCACAAUGUACCUGAAAGGGCAUUCAAGGAACGCAUCGUUUCCAGGAAACGGCAAGGUGCGAUGCGGCGAAAGAUUCACCAGGUCAACAACCACAAGUUCAUGGCUACCUAUCUGCGCCAGCCCACGUACUGCUCCCACUGCAGGGAAUUCAUCUGGGGAAUCUUUGGCAAACAAGGAUACCAAUGUCAAGUUUGUACAUGUGUGGUUCACAAACGCUGCCACCAGCUAAUUGUCACAGCAUGCCCCAGAAUAAAGAAGGCCAAGAAAGCAGAGGUAUGUGAACAAAGAUUCAGCAUCAAUGUGCAUCACCAGUUCCACGUCCACAACUACAAGAAGCCAACCUUCUGUGACCAUUGUGGCUCUCUGCUCUAUGGACUAAUGGGGCAAGGGAAACAAUGUAAAGUUUGCAAAAUGAACAUUCACAUUCGCUGCGAGAACAACGUGGCUCCAAGCUGCGGAGUGAACUCUGUGGAGCUGGCCAGGAAGCUGGCAGAGAUGGGGCUCAGUGCGGGGAGCAUAGCGACUCUGAAGAGGAGACAGACGGGGCAAAGUUACAAAAACCACAAAGAAGCCGAGACGCCUGGAGACACACCUGACAGCAAUGACAAGGAGAGCCAGCGAAUGGAACGCAAAUUAAGCAUUGACGAUUUUACCUUCAUCAGUGUCCUAGGGAAAGGCAGCUUUGGGAAGGUAAUGCUGGCAGAGUUCAAAAGCACAGAAGAUGUGUACGCUGUGAAAAUACUGAAGAAAGACAUGAUCCUCCAGGAUGAUGAUGUGGAGUGCACGAUGAUCGAGAAACGGAUCCUGUCGCUGGCCAAAAACCAUCCAUACCUCACACAGAUCUUCUGCUGUUUCCAAACUCCGGACCGGCUAUUUUUUGUGAUGGAGUAUGUAAACGGGGGAGACUUAAUGUUCCAGAUUCAACAAGUACGGAAAUUCGAUGAAAUACGCGCCCAAUUCUACGCUGCCGAAAUUACCUCAGCACUCAUUUUUCUGCACAAUAAGAAAGUUAUAUACAGAGAUUUGAAACUGGAUAAUGUCCUGUUAGAUUCGGAGGGUCACUGUAAGCUGGCUGAUUUUGGAAUGUGCAAGGAGGGAAUCUAUAGUAAUUACACAACUUGUACCUUCUGCGGCACACCUGACUACAUUGCACCAGAGAUUUUACAGGAGUUGCAGUACGGCUCAUCUGUGGACUGGUGGGCACUCGGGGUCCUGCUCUAUGAGAUGAUGUCUGGUCAGCCCCCAUUUGAAGCUGAAAAUGAAGACGAUCUGUUUGAAUCUAUCCUGAAUGACGAGGUCCUUUACCCAGUCUGGCUGAGUGAACGAGCAAUGGCCAUCCUGAAAGCAGUAAGUUAAAAUUCAUCCUCAAAC